CAGAAAACCAAAAACAACAGUUUCUCUCUCUGAUUACUUCAAUAGCUCGCCGAAAGCGAAUUUCAAGGGUCCCUUCAUCACAUGGCCUCCUUUGAUGGGCCAAAGUUCCAGAUGACUGAUGGCUCUUACGUUAAGACCAAAGCCAUUGAGGUUGGAUCAUCAACAGAUAUCUCUCCAUACCUUUCUCUUCUCAGAGAAGAUUCAAUCUUGAAUGGAAACCGAGCGGUGAUCCUCGAUGAUUAUUGAAAUGUCAGAACCAAAAAGUCAGGGUGGAGUCUAUCAUCCGUGAAGCUGAGCACGAGAAACCUAUGUCUCUUCCUUGGACUUGCUAACCCUUUUCAUGACAAUCUCAAGGAUCUGUACCGUUUCUUUGCUUCAAAGUUUGUCACUUUGAUCGACGAAGACCUGAUCUUGCUCAGAGAAAACCACGGUCUUGUGAUUAGAAACGCGAUUGAGAUCGGGAAACUGGCUGCUAAAGCCUGUGGAACCCUGGUGCUUGAGUAUCUUGGGACAAGAGAGUUAGCUUACAGAGUGCUGUGGUCUGAUUUGAGCCGGCUGGAUUCGAUUGAGUCGAAAUGGGAGGAGAAAGGGUCUGAAGAACGUCUUGAGGCUGCAGCCAUUGAAGGAUGGCUUAUCUUCAAUGUUUGGGAUCAAUUAUCUGAUGAGUGAUUUCCACUAAUUAUUUUUUUGUGAUUGCUUUUUCUGUUCUUUUGUUGAAAUGAUUUGUGAUCUUGUGCCUGAAACUUCUCUUCCAUCACUUUGUACUGUAUGUUGUUUCCUGUGAUGAUCAACAAUUAC